UACCCACAUAUUAUAUGUAUUUCCUUCACUAUUUUAGAGUGUACAAAAUUCAGGUUUACAAAAACCUAUAAAACUCGCGCCAUAUACCUAGGGAUGGCAAUGGGUCGGGUCGGGGCGGAUAGUGCAUAUCCGUUACCCUACCCAAUGUAGUUCGGGUUUUACCCAUACCCGUACCCACACGAGAAACGGGUAGAAAAUCAAAACCAUGUUCAUACCCGUUCGGGUUUUGGGUAUCCACGGUUAUCCAUGAGUAAUAAUUUCUCCUUAUAAUUCCAACCAAUAUGUUAACAUUCACACGUAUAUUCACAUUACGUAAGAGGAAAAGUACAACAAUAAUUCACUAGGAUGACGGAAAAUUAAUUAAAACAACAUAGUUUCAUGAAAAUAUUAUAUUUAUAUGAUAAAUAAAAAAUUUCUCAGGGAAAAUAAUGAUUAUUUCUAGACAAAAUACAUAUGCAUGUGUAUAAUCGGGCGGGUUCGGGUUGGAUCGUGAGAUAACCAUGCCCACCCAUUACCCACAAUAUUCAGGUUCGGGUUUUACCCGUACCCACGAAAAAUGCUUCGGGUUCGGGUUUUACCCUACCCGAUUAGGUCGGAUUCGGGUGGAUAUCCACGGUUACGGAUAUUUUUGUCAUCCCUAUAUAUCCCUUCUACUAAUCAUACUAUUUCAUGAUAUGAUUAUAUCAGGGUGGUAUAAUUCGUAUCAGCAGAAUACGCCACAUAAUUUUAUAGAUUUUGUAGUUAAGAGUUUUGUACCCUAUCCUUUCUCAUAUUUUAGAUAAUAUAAGUGCAUGUAACCUCAAUAUAAAUAGGAAUUUUCUUAUGAGAAAAAUUUUAGUAAGGGGGAGAAUACUUUCCCCAACUUCUGUUUGGUAGAAGAAAUUAGUAGAAAAUGAGGAUAUUCUUUGGGUGGUCAUCCAAACAAAAAUAGUUCGAAUCACCAACAUUGUAAUAGUGCAUCAUAAAUAUAAAAUUUUAACAAAGUUCAAAGUCUUAAUCGUUUGCAACAGGGUAUUGAUAAUUCUUAAAAGGAAAGAUCAUUCACGAUUUGACUCUAAUCGUUACGGGCUGGUCCUAGACAGACAUAAUAUGAACAUUUUAAUUCGAUACGCCGUAGUAGAUGACAAACAAAGGGCUCAAUCAGAUUGACCCUAUCAACUUUUUUUAUUAUUAUGAUGAACACGUGUUGCAAAGAUUGAUAUAUGUCUACGUUUAUAUCUAUUAGAUGUACUUUAUGAUCUAAAUUGUGAAAUUCAAUUACAAUAAGAUUAGUGAACACAUUACAUACGCUAGGCUGAACUAUCUAUAAUGUUAAAAAAAAAGCCAUUUAAUUAGUUUCUUGCUACAUGUGGUUAGGGUAAUUUAGAAGAGUUUUCCUUGUCAAAAAAAUAAUAAUUAAGAAGAGAUUAAUUGAGAGGCUUCCAAAUAACUUCCCAAUUAGGAUACUGCCAUAGAGGAAAACGGCUAUUUGUCUCUCUUCUUCUACUCUUUCCUUUCACUAUAUAUAUAUAUAUAUGCAUUAUGGGAAAAUUGCGUUGAAAUCUUCAGAUGUUUGUUUGCAUAUUAUUGGCUGAAGCCAGCAGUUCGUAGUUGGUUGAAAUUUCAUUCAUUCAUCUUCUUCUUGAUUCCUUUUUCUGUUCAUAAAUACCAUUUUACAUUCCUUACUUUGGAAUCUUUGGUAACGGCCGUUUGCUCUUGUGAACGAAAGUGAUAUAUUCUCAUUGGUUUCACAAGUUGCCUCUCUAUCCAUGACUCUAUCCAUAACCAUAGAUUCUAUCAUUACUCUGUACACUCAUGUGGUGUUGUUUGCAUUGGUUUGUCUAAAUUGUCCUCGGACUAUGUCGAUCCGACUGUUGCAGAGUUGGGUUGCGGCCGUUACCUGUGAAAGCAGUUUUCUAACUGAAAAAUCAGACAUGUUUGACUAAAUUUUGUAACGAAUUCAACGCAGAUUUAGGAAUCAUGUGUAUACGGUGGCGGAUCCAGGAAUUUUAUAUAUGGGUGUCUUUAAAAAAAAAAACUUUAAAAAAUAUCUUAAACAAGAAAAUAUCUGACUAGUACAAGUUAUAAUAAAAGUCCACAACGUGUUAUCAUAUUUUGAUUUUUUUUUUUAAAUACACUCAAUGUUUGCACAACUCAACAAAUCUCUUUAAAUAUAUCCUCCUAGACUAUCAUUCACGAACUACUUGCUUGUUCGAUUCCGAAACUUGUUCUUGAUGUAACAUAAUAAUCGAUAGUUUGAAAAAAAAAAUCUUUCUUUUCACUCUAGACUAUAUAAAUGUACAAUAGUAGCUACAUGUAAUGUAAGAGCAUCAUCUAAAAAUUGAUUUCCUUCUACCAAAUUUUUUUUUUAUUUCCUAUCUACAAUGCAAAUCAAUUUGCUCGGGAUCUAGUCCCGAUCCAAUUCAAAUGAGUAGAGAUAAAAAUUUACCGCACAGACACUUCGAACCGAUUGUGUGGUGGACUAACGCCUUACCAACUACUAUAUUUUAUCAAUUUAUUAAAAAAUUAACAUAUACAAUUUUACAUGAGAAUUGAGCGGGCUAUAUCCUCCCCUACUAUUAACUUAGCUCCGCCACUAGAUACCGUAUCGCGUGACAUCGAAAACUUACUUACCGAAUCAUGAACUUAUAGAUAAUUUUAACGAUUAAAAUGGUUAAAUUUCACCAAACCGUGAUCUCGACACAAAAUACAUACCCUGUUGUCGAUUUUUUUUUUUUCAUGUACAGACUCCGAUACGAUUUCACAAUUCUUUGCCUUCAAUGCUUCUGUCGUGUUAGAGCUUACGACUACAAACCAAUCAGACGAGACUGAGACUUAAAAGAACAGUACGGUUGCUCAGUAGAACGCCAUGAACGAGUCAUCUCUCUGCACAUUAAUUGAUCACAGUCCCAACCGCACGCCUUCGAUGGUUAUCAUCUGCAGGGCGGCUUAUCGGCAGAUUAUUUAUAGACUCUGUUUCCUCAACGUAUCUAAUAAACACAGAGAAAACCAGAGCUUCAUCAAUGGAUUCCGCCCAACGAUCCGUUUCCAAGCAGAGGUUGGCAGGGAAGGUCGCGUUGAUCACCGGCGGAGCAAGCGGCAUCGGGGCUAGCACCGCCGCUCUGUUCGCCCGAAACGGCGCGAAGGUCGUAAUCGCCGACGUCCAGUCCGAUCUGGGACAUUCCGUCGCCGGAGAAAUCAGCUCAUCGUACUCUGCCUCGCCGCACCCCGCCGCCGCCACCUUCGUCUGCUGCGACGUCACCAAGGAAAGCCAGGUCGCGAGCGCGGUGGACGGCGUCGUUUCGGCCCACGGGAAGCUGGACAUCGUCUUCAUCAACGCCGGCGUACCGGGCGACCCGGCCGGGAACCGGAUCGUCGUCGCGGAUGAGGACGAUCUGCGGCGGGUGUUCGACGUCAACGUGUUCGGAGGGUUCUUGUGCGCCAAGCACGCAGCCAGGGUGAUGAUUCCAGCGAAGAAAGGAGGGGUGAUUCUGUUUACGGCCAGCGUGCUGACGGAGACUUACGGCUUCUUCGCCCACGCCUACACGUCGUCCAAGCACGCGGUGGUCGGGUUGAUGAAGAACCUGUGCGUGGAGCUGGGAGAGUAUGGGAUUCGGGUGAACUCGAUUUCACCGACAGGGGUGCCGACACCGAUGGGGAUGAAGAUCUUGGGACUGGAUCGAGAGGGCGUUCAGGAUCUCUGUUCGGAGAAGGCAGCCCUGAAAGGUGUGGCUCUGGAUGAGAACGAUGUUGCGGAGGCUGCUCUGUUUCUUGCCAGCAAUGAGUCCAAGUUCGUGAGCGGGUUGAACCUCGUGGUGGAUGGUGGCUUCAACUUGAGAAGCGCCUAGCUGAGCCUUGUAGUUUCAUCUUCCAAUAAUAAUGAGGGUUGCCAUGACUUGAGUAGCUAGUCAUGACACGAGGGUAUGUUGUGAUAGAAGUAUAAUACUAACAGUGGGGGAAGUAAAGCCAAGUAGAUUGGUGUCAACCUUUAUUAAUAAAAAAAUGAAUUUAUUACCGAGGCAAUGAAAGGAACACCUUGUCGAGGAAAAGCACUAUAGGGCUCACUAGCUAACCUCUGUUCACAAUGAUAGAUGACUAACUUCUCCAACAUGGCCAUAUGUCACUUGGCCUUCACCAUAUUUUAUACAAGAUUGUAAAAUCGUAUCGGAGGUUGUAUCGAAAAAGUUAGCAAAAGGGCAUUAUAUGAUGAAAUCGUGGUUAAACUCUUUAGGGUAUGCCUACGGUGACUUGCAUUAACUUGGAGAAAACGGUCGACCUCUUUCCAAGAAAAUGAUCGACCUCGUCCACUAAGUGCCCUAUCACUUGAGUCAUUCGGUCUACCACUUUCAAAAAUGGGUCGACCUAAUGACACACUUAUCUUCAAGCGGUCAACCUCUUCCACCAAGUGCUCUACCACUUGACUCAUCCAGUCUACCACUUUCGGAAAUGGGUCGACCCGAUGACACACUUACCUCUAAGUGGUCGACCUCUUCCACCAAGUGGUAUACCACUUGAGUCAACUAGUCUACCGCUUCGAAAAUGGGUUGACCUGAUUACACAAUUACCUUAAGUGGUCGACCUCUUCCACCAAGUGGUCAUUCCGGAUUCACAAAAUAUGUAGACAAGUGAAAAACCACUAGCAUCAAAUGAAUUUAAACAUAUAUAAAAACAUAUUUGAAAACUAUUCUAAUUAUAAUCUAAAUUCAUAUUUGAAUAAAAUAUAAUAUUCAAAACAAAAUAACAAAUUCUCAUAUUUAAAUACAACAUUUAACAACAACCCCACACAUUUAUACUUGAAUCAAACAAAUAACAUUAACAUUUCUUUCAAAUUCAUGAAAUAAAUUAUUUCACUAAAAUAACAUCAUUUUGUUCAUAUAUAGAAAAUCAACCUUAUCGAUCAUCAAUAUUUCAACCGAACUCAUAACCGACGCCAAUUAUACCAGAUUCAACCGGCCACAAUUCACCCCAGUGACAACCAUGGCCACUACUCACUAGCAUCGUUAGUAAAAUAUGGUACGGGAAAGUUACAUAUAAAAUACGUACAGGUAUUUUAUUUCGUCUCUAACUUAAUGUUACGUUUAAUAGUACGUUAAUAGUAAUAGAUUAUAUAAAAUUAA